AUGUCCUUUUCGGCCCAGUACAAACCUCGGCCGUCCACCGACAUCUUUACCAAUGACACUGAUAUCAACCGUCAAAACUGCCGGCGCAUCGUGCCCAUGAGAGUCCUCAUCCUGGGACUAGGACGAACCGGUACUGCUUCUAUGCGCGCCGCCAUGAAGCGACUCGGUUACGUUGACACCUACCACAUGAUGAAUUGCUCCAUUGAGAAUCCCUCAGACGCUCUCAUGUGGAUGGACGCCUUGACAGCUAAAUACGACGGGAAGGGGCCCAAAUUCACACGCGCCGAGUGGGAUCAGCUUCUCGGUCACUGCCAGGCCGUCUGUGACUGGCCCAGCAUCGCCUUUGCCAAGGAACUCAUCGAGGCCUACCCGGAGGCCAAGGUUGUCCUCACAAACCGCGAUGUGCACUCGUGGCACGCCUCGACGAUGAAGACGGUUUACUGGCGCGUGACCGACCGGCAUCUUCGCUGGCUCUCCUACUUUGACUGGGCAGCCGGCCAGUACUACCCAAUGCUCAAGAAGUUCUUUGACACCUUCUUCGAGGGUGACUUUCCCAAUCGCGGCAAGGCAAUUUUUGAGCGCCAUUACGCCGAGGUGCGCAGCCUCGUACCCAAGGAGAAUUUGCUCGAGUUCCGUGUCACCGACGGCUGGGGGCCGCUUUGCGAGUUUCUCGACGUGGCCGUGCCCAAGGAGACGCCGUUUCCCAAUGUCAACGACAACGUCAACUUUGUUGCACGUUCCAAGGCCCGUAACUGGGCGCAGACGUACAAUGUUCUGGUUCGCCUUUUCAUCUGGGUCGUCCUGAGUCUCGUGACCCUGUUCGCCGUCUUGCGCUUCUUGAUGGCCAUAAAACUUGCACAUCAUCCCACGGUUGUCGAUCUGGGCAUGUUCUUCGGAGGUCCGCAUUAG